AUGGACGACAAAGGGCCGAUGAUGAUUGCGGUGUGCUGGAUAUUUACGGUACUCGCCAUUCUCUUCGUCGGCGCUCGUCUCUACGUCCGAGCUGUCGUGCACGACAGGCUCGCCGCCGAUGAUUACAUCGUUGUAUUCUCGUGUUUCUGCGCCGUCCUUUCCAACAUAUUCGUAACGAUAUCCGUCUCCUGGGGUAAUGGUCGACACUUUGCCGACCUCGACCUCGAGCAAAAGGAAAACACCAUCAGGUGGAUGAUGGCGGCCUACUUUCCCGGAAUCGAAACGCUUGGCUUCCCUAAGCUGGCUGUCAUCGCCCUCCUGGUUCGACUACUCGCGCCUAGCCGGCUGCACACUAUCAUCCUGUGGUCCAUGGGCACCAUCUGCUGCCUGUCACUCACGGCCAUGGUCAUGACCCUGCUCUUGCAGUGCACGCCGACUCACGCGCUUUGGACUCUCAAAUUGCCUCAUAACUGUCUUGCUCCGAACGAUCUCUGCGAUCCUUUAUACUGGACCUCAAUCGAAGGCAACCUAAUAAUAAUAGCCGCCUGCAUUCCCCUACUCCAACCGCUCGUCGAAAAAGCCAAAGGCCGCAAAAUUUGGCGAUCCAAGGGUUACAAAACCGGCUCCAGCGACGACGCCACCGGCGGUCAUUACGCCGACGGCACUACCGGGAUGAGCAAAAGCAAGCGAAGUGGACCAGACGCCCUCGAGAUGUCCAGGAACAGGAAGAAGGUCGAUCAGUAUGGGUUUACGAUGCAUGCCAAGGAGGAGAGCGAGGAGGAUCUGAAGAAGGCGGAUAGCAAUAACGGCAACACAGAAGAUGAUAUGGAGGGAGGAGGAAGGAGACAUGACAAUGAUGGGAGGAUCAUGCAGACUAUGUCUGUCACUGUUGCUUAUGAUCAGGUGGGAGAGGGAGGAGCGGGGACGACGGCUGCUACUAGGUGGGCUGCUGUUUAG